CCGUGGUGCAGUUCGGCGGUGGCGAUGCGGGGCUCGGGCGGGACGCGAGAACGGGACGGGCCCGGGCUGGGCGGCUGCGGCUUCGGGCCUGCCCCCGCUGCCUGCCCCUGGGGCUGCACGCUCGGCCCCGCUGGCUGGAGCGGCGCACCCUUCUGCCCCCGGCACCGAAUGUCCAGCUUCGGCGACUUCUCGGUGGCGUCGCAGGGCCCCUCUCCGGCAGCGAUCAAGUACAAGUCGGGGGACGUGUGUCUGCUCUGGGACGACGAGCCCAGGGUGGAUUAUUACCAGCUGGAGGAUGACGAUGAUGAUGAAAAUGAGGAUGGGGAUUACGAUGAGGACGAGUUCGACGCAGGUUUCCAGUUCUUGGACGUUCCCGUCGCGGAGGGCUCCGUUCCCUACAGCUACUGCGGCUUCCGCAAGCCCUUCCUGUGCUGGGAGCCGUCUCCGCAGCUCCCCCGGAGCUCUCCGACCGCCCUGGAUGCGCGGCUAGACCGGCUGCCCACGCCCCGCCACACCUGGCUCACGGCAGAGGAAGCCGAGAGGAACGCGCAGGAGCUGGUGGCGGAGGAGGAGCGGGCGAAGAGGAAGGCGGAGAAGAAGAAGCAGAAGAAGAAGAAACAAAAAGACCGGAAGAAACAGGAGAAAGUGGGUCAAAAGAAAAAGAACAAAAAGGACAAAAAAAACACUGACCCAAGCCCCCCAAGUGGCCCUGCAGGCACUGGGGCCCCCCCAGAUGGUGCUGAGGAUGAGGGAUGCUGCCCAGAGCCCUCCCCAUGCCCUGGGGACUCCAGAGACCCCUCGGAGGAGCCUGAGCCGGAGGACACGGCAGUGACAGAGGAGGAGCUGGACCUGAGCUGCACUUUUGUCUGCAAAGCACGGGAGAAGGCGAAGGUCCGGCUGCCCCCCCCGGGCAGUGACUGUUCCCCUGGGACACAGAGCGUGGAGCCCAGCAGGAAGGUGCCAGAGAAGGGGGGUGGGGAGCCUGUGGAGAAACCUGUGCCCCCCCAGCCCCUCCAGCCCAGGCCACCCAGCCCCAGCACAGUAGAGCAGAGCCUGGCGCUUGCAGGCCAUGGCAUCGAGGCAGCCCAGAUGGGCCAGCACACCGAGGCCGUUUGGGCUUUCACCGUCGCCCUGGAGCUGAACCCCCAGGAGCACCGGCUCCUGGGGAACCGCUCGUACUGCCUGGAGAAGCUGGGCCGCUACAAGGAGGCGCUGGAGGAUGCGGAGGCGGCACUGGCGCUGCGGCCAGGCUGGCCCAAGGGCUCCUUCCGCAAGGGCAAGGCCCUGAAGGGGCUCCAGCGCUAUGCCGAAGCCGUGCACACCUUCGAGGAGCUGCUGCGGCAGGACGGGGCUUACACUGAGGCAGCCACGCAGCUGAAGGCCUGCCAGGCCUUGCUGCAGCAGUGUGGCAGCCCCGGCAGUGUCCCCAUGUCCCCCUUCCUGCUCAAGGCAAAGGAGCCGCUGUCUCUCCCCGCGGGAUGGACAACCAGGAGCUGCCAGGACACAGGUGACACAAGCGUGAAGAAAAGCAAUGCAGGGACCCCCAAGACAGACCCGGGACAGGGACCUGCUGUGGCCAGUGGCCACCCAACACUGCCAGCGAGCCACCCUGCCAGGUACGGGUGUCUGGUGAUGUGGGGAGGGGGGAGUGCUGGCUCUGAUAACACCAGCAUGGCUCUUGGCAGGGACUGCUUCCCGCUCUGGGUGGGCAAUAUCACCUCCCACAUCAAUGAGAAGGUGCUGCGUGGUGCCUUUGGCCGGUUCGGGGAGAUCCGCUCCAUGCGGCUGCUCCCAGGACGCCGCUGUGCCUUCAUCAACUUCUCUGGGAAGGCGGAGGCCGAGGAGGCCUUCAGGGCCAUGCAGGGUGCCACCGUGGAGGGCAGCAAGCUGUUGCUGCAGCUCAAGCACCCGGUCCACGCCACCCCCACCCCCGUGCCCCGUGCCAAGGGCAGGGCCACCCCCGGGGGGCUCAGUUGACCCUGCUCUGCUGGGGGGGCUCCCAGGGCCACCCCCAGGGGGCUCAGUUGACCCUGCUCUGCUGGGGGGGCUCCCAGGGCCACCCCCGGGGGGCUCAGUUGACCCUGCUCUGCUGGGGGGGCUCCCCCUCACCUGCCUGUACCUGCCUGUGCCUUGUCCCCCACUGCCAGGGGUGGGAAUGUGUCCCCCUCCUGCCUUGGGGGUGCUGGGGGUCAGGGCCCACCCUGCAGCCCCUUGUGCUGAGAGGAUGGGCCCGUUCCCUGUGACCCCUCAGGGAUUUGUACCAAUUCGGGUUUUUUUUUUUUUUUAAUAAAUCAGAGAUUUGUUUUUCUCUCUGGC